AUGGGCAGGUCUCAUAUUGUACUUGUAGAUUGUGAUGAGACUUUCAGCCUCGUAGUGAAGCUGGCUAUCAUUCGGGCAGUUCUCACUAUUGUCCUCUCCAAAUCCUGGCUCAUUCAUCAGUUUGAUGUUCAGAGUGCUUUUCUGCAUGGUGAUCUUCAUGAGACUGUCUACAUGCAUCAGCCUCUAGGUUUUCAUGUCACUCUAUGGUCUGAAGCACGCGCCACAUGCUUUCAUAACACAUAUGAUCAUUCACUUUGCAUCUUCCGGCAAGGUUCUGACAUGACCUACAUUUUGAUGUAUGCUGAUGAUAUCAUUCUCAUUACUUCGUCUCAUGAACUUCACAAAUACUUUAUGGCUCCUCUUGCCUCAGAAUUUGCUAGGCAGGAUCUAGGUCCUCUAAGUUAUUUCCUAGGUAUCACCGUCUCCAGAUAUGUUGAUGACCUUUUCCUCAGUCAGAGUAAUUAUGCUAGUAAAAAAUUAUUGCUCGAGCCGGCAUGGCCUCGUGCAACCCUUCCGCUACUUCAGUUGACACAAACUAGAAGCUCAGUAUGCCUUCACAUGCAUGCUCCUCACACUAAGCACAUGCUUGCUCUCAAGUGCAUCCUACACUAUGUUCAGGGCACUAUGACUUAUGAUCUGCAUCUGUACAAAUCCCAUAUUGAGAAACUAGUUUCUUAUACUGAUGCUGAUUGGGACAACCUUAUUUCCUGGUCCUCUAAGCGGCUACCAACACUCUCCCGUUCUAGUGCUGAAGUCGAAUACAGACGCUCUACUUUUGGAUAUUGUGCUUUCCUUGAAGACAACCUUAUUUCCUGGUCCUCUAAGUGGCUACCCACACUCUCCCGUUCUAGUGCUGAAGUCGAAUACAAAGGUGUUGCCAAUGUAGUCUUUGAGGCAUGUUGGAUUCACAAUCUUCUCUUGGAGCUUCAUUUUCCUCUUCAUCAGGUUACCUUGGUGUAUUGUGACAAUGUUAGUGUUAUCUAUCUCUCCGGUAAUCUCGUGCAACAUCAGCGUACUAUGCAUAUUGAGAUGAAUUUUCACUUUGUUCGCGAAAAGGUCGCUCGUGACCAGACUCGCGUCCUUCAUGUUCCUUCCCGACAUCAGAUCGUUGAUAUCUUCACCAAAGGUCUUCCUUAG